CUGCUCUAAUAACUGGACAUUUUACAUGCGGAAGUUCCACCAUUUUUAUAAGUAUCACAUUUUCUGGUUGACAUACCGUCCAGACUUUCUCAAUCCUUCAAUUAUAUUUCAAGUUAAUCAUAUUAUAGAUUUUUACCGAUUUACAAGAACAAAUCGCUAAGAAAUGCCGGUAGCAUCUGACAUAAAGUCCAGUUGGGCGGAUGAAGUCGAAGAAGAAGGAGGAGUACUGCCUCCGCCUUCUGAGGUUUAUGAGAAUGGAUUUAAGAUACUUACAGAAUACAAAUAUAAUCAAGAUAAUAAGAAGGUAAAAGUUGUGCGUACGUAUAAAAUAGAACGUCGUAUAGUAUCAAAAACUAUAGCUGCAAGAAAGAAUUGGGCCAAAUUUGGAGACUCUGCCGACGACAGGCCAGGUCCCAAUCCUGCUACUACGGUUGGUGCAGAAGAUGUCUUUAUGCAGUUUAUAUCUAGUAAAGAAGAAGAAAAUAAAGUAGAAGAAGAUACUCUCGAUAAAUUAAAAAAUAUGGGCGACAAAGGUGUUGUUAAAUGUCGUAACUGUAACGGAGAUCAUUGGACGUCAAAGUGUCCAUACAAAGAUACCGUACUUGCCGGUGGAAAAGUUCCGGAUGAUAAGAAGCCCCUUGUCAACCCAGCUGUUCCUGGUGCAGCAAUAGCUGAAUUGAAACCACAAGGAAGUAAAUAUGUACCGCCGAGUAUGCGAGAUGGUGGCAAUAAGCGUGGCGAUGCGAUGCAAAUGCAACGUAGGGAUGACACCACAGCCAUUCGUAUUUCUAAUUUGUCCCAAAGUACUACGGAUGCAGAUUUAGAUGAACUUGUUAAACCUUUUGGAACAGUUGUAAAACAGUAUUUAGCAAAGGAGAAACAAACUACUUUAUGCAAAGGAUUCGCAUAUGUCCAUUUCAAAUAUAGAGCAGAGGCCGCCAAAGCAAUUGCUACUCUUGACGGUUAUGGAUACGAUCAUCUUAUUUUAAGCGUAGAAUGGUCCAAACCGCAGCAACAAAAUAAUUAAUUCAAUUUGAUAUGUAACGAUAAGAGAAACAUGACCUAUAUUUACAACAAAACGCUGGACUUAAUGGGCGUGCCAAGUUGUGAGGCCCAAGAACAGGAGUAGUAAAUAUUUUUAUGGUAUAUCGUAUUUUCCACUUUUACAUUCGAUAUCUUCAAAUGAUAUAACACAUAGUGAAAUUAAUUUGUAAUCUUACAAAUUGAAGUUUAAUAAGGUAAAAAAUUAUGUUGUUCCUUCUUUAUUUUACACAGACGCUUAUCACGGAUCUUUUUCAAUUCGCAAAUAUUUUUCAAGUUAUUUUUUCUGAAAACAUCAUGUUUUUCUUUCUUUUCUUUUUUUUUUCUUUUAACUGUUUUACACUUAAAAUUGAUUUUAAAUAGAGAAUAUGUACACACGGGUCUUGACCAUUGCUAUGCAUAUAAUUAAAGAUCAUUUAACAGCCCAA